UUCACCUACAUAGAUAUACAGCAUCAAUAUUUCAAAGAGCAAUGCCUCAACGAAUUCCAUAUCCACCCUGUUUUUCCGGCUGCAGCAAACGCGAGUGUUGCACCCCCCGAGCUUACAAAUAUGAGUGGCCUGAAUUGAAGGGAGCGAAUGGACAGCAUGCAAAGGCAGUAAUCGAGAAAGAGAACCCAUACGUCACAGUUGUGCCUGGUCAUAGUCGAUUUAUACUUGCAGAUUUUUGCUGCAAUCGUGUUUUUGUUUUUCUGGAUGAAAAUGACAAUGUCAUUGUGGGCCCCCGGAUUGGAUAAGAAAAUCACUAGAAGAAGAGGCAAAGAGGAAGCUCCUCCAAUGGUUGAAGAAUGAAAAUUUAGCAUGAUUUUAUAAUGUCAUGCAUCCAACUCUAUCAUCAUCAUUAAAUAAAGCUUCAAUAAAUGUUUGCUUCAAAGCUGCUUUCACAGCU